ACUCACUAGCUCACCCCACCCACCAUCUCCCGACCGAUUGACUUGCAGGUCGUGCACAGCUGCUGUUCGACAGCUCAACUGCUAUUCUCUUCUUCUUCUUCUUUCAAUUCAUCAUCAUAUCUAAUACCAUACUCACUAUUUUAUUCCCAGAACACAAUCAACAGAACCCUAGUAAGUAAUUGUUGUUGUAAACGUCUAUAUAUGCAAAAGAUUCUGUCUUUCCAAUUUCAUUCCUUCCAUUCAUUCACUCUUUCUGUCUGUCUGUCUGUUCCGAUUUUGGGUUUCCAUUCAGUUGCAGCUUUGAUCACCUUGACGGUUGCCAAUAAUGCGCCUCCGUUUCAUUCAGACCAGACUUUGAUGAUCCAGGUUGAAAGAAAUCUCCGGGCAUAUUCAAUCCGUUUUCAUUGAUUAGGUUACAAUCAAGUGUUGUGUCCUCAUUCACCUCCUUUUUUUAUGGCACCCAGUAGUAGGAUAUCUAUUUGAGGGGUUACUGUCAUAUCCAUGACAUCAAUUUGUGGCCUUCCUCUCCUUGAAUGUGUAUACUGUUUGGGUUGUGCCAGAUGGGCGUGGAAAAAGUUCCUGUACACGGCAGGCAAAGAAAGCGAACAAUGGGGGCUUGCCUCAGCUGCUGAAUUUGAACCGGUCCCUCGUCUUUGUCGUUACAUCCUAUCUGUCUACGAAGAUGAUCUGAGAAAUCCAAUUUGGGCACCCCCUGGCGGCUACGGCAUGAAUCCUGAAUGGGUGGUUCUCAAGAAGAACUAUCAAGACACGCAAGGAAGGGUUCCUCCUUACAUCAUUUACCUUGAUCAUGAUAACCUUGAUAUAAUAUUAGCCAUUAGGGGGCUCAACUUGGCAAAAGAAGGCGACUAUCUUCUUUUACUUGAUAACAAGUUGGGGCAGACUGAAUUUAGUGGAGGUUAUGUUCAUAAUGGGCUGCUCAAGGCAGCUGAAUUGGUUUUGGCUGCAGAAACUGAGAUUCUCAGGGAUUUGAUUGAGCACUAUCCAGUGUACACCUUGACAUUUGCGGGCCACUCUCUGGGGGCAGGUGUAGUGACAUUACUUACAAUGCUGGCUGUACACAAUCGGGAUAAGCUUGGGAAUAUCCAGAGGAAACGGAUCAGAUGCUUUGCCAUUGCUCCUACUAGGUGUAUAUCUCUCAAUUUGGCUGUUAGAUACGCAGAUGUCAUUAAUUCUGUUGUUCUUCAGGAUGAUUUUUUACCUCGAACAACGAUGGCUUUGGAGGAUGUCUUCAAGUCUUUUUUAUGCUUGCCGUGCUUGUUGUGCUUAAUGUGUUUGAAGGACACGUGCACAUGCAGCAGCUUUGAAGAGGAGAAGAUGCUUAAAGAUCCAAGAAGGCUGUAUGCACCAGGGCGUCUGUAUCAUAUAAUUGUGAGGAAGCCCUUUGGAAUAGGGAAGAUAGAACCAAUAGUUAGAACAGCAGUGGCUGUGGAUGGGAGGUUUGAGCACUUGGUCCUGUCCUGCAAUUUAACUUCUGACCACGCAAUUAUAUGGAUAGAGCGGGAGUCUCAGAGGGCCUUUGAUGUGAUGGUGGAGAAAGAAGGUGGGAUGGAAAUACCAGCAGUUCAAAGGAUGGAACGACAGGCUUCCAUUGUUAGGGAACAUGGAGAGGAGUAUCAGGCGGCAUUGGCAAGGGCUGCUGCACUCGACCUCCUCCUAUCUCACCACCUCUCUUCUUUUUCUUCUUCUUCACCUUCUAGUACCACCACCUAUGGAACAUUUAACCUGGAUGAGGAAGAAGAAGAAGAAGAAGAUGACGAGGAACCAAACUUUCCUAGUGAACAUUGGAGGAGGAAGAGGAAAAGGAGGGGGAUGAAAUCAUCACCCCCAUUCAGCAGCAGCAGCAACAACAACAGGAGUAGGAGUAGGAGAGAAAGCUGGGAUGACUUAGUAGACCGACUCUUUGUCACAGAUGAAUCUGGCCAAAUGAUACUCAAGAAGUGAUUUAUUUUCUUUUCAUUUGAUCUGCUUCUUGCCAACUUCUUCUUCUUCUUCUUAUUUCUUCCUUAUUUAGGGCUUAGCUUAGAAGAAUCAGUCUAUUUAUUCAAUUGCACUUCUUCAACCUCCUUGUAUAUUAUUAUUUUUAGUGGAGUUUUGGUUGUUUAAUUGCUUGCUUGGGU